UCCUAAAACAUCAGAGGCAAACAGGCGCGCCCACGGCUGCUCGAAAAUCAACCAACACUUUGAUUUGGCAAAAUCGAUUAAACAAUUGGUCAAGAGUCGCCCCCGUCUAAACCAAAUCAACCUUGAAGAUCCUCUCGAUUCCGAAUCAAAUCUGUCGGAUCUCGCUUUCCAACUGUCACAUUCCAAGAUUUUCCCUCCUACAUCGAAUCGAUCUUCGCUCCUUCCAUCCAUAGAUAUAAAACUCCUUCGAUUCAUUCUCAUUCUUAUCAGUUCUCUUUCGAUCUUCUUCUCCAAUUCAAGUUCUCUGUCGCUGAAGAAUCGCGAUUCUACCAGCUAUGGGUGUUGCUGUGGCUGUUGAUGUUGAAACCACUCGGUUUCAUGUUCUUGCUGUUGAUGAUAGCUUCAUCGAUCGGAAAUUGAUCGAGCGCCUCCUCAAAACCUCCUCCUAUCACGUUACUGCUGUUGAUUCCGGUACCAAGGCCUUGGAAUUUCUCGGUCUUGUUGAAGAUCCUGAUCUCGAUGAUGAUGUUGAUGAUGAACAACACUCCAAACUCCCCCCCUCAAUUCAAGAAGUGGAUGUGAAUUUGAUCAUCACGGAUUACAGUAUGCCUGGAAUGAGUGGCUACGAUCUCCUCAGGAAGAUCAAGGAAUCGAAAUCUCUUAAAGACAUACCAGUUGUGAUCAUGUCCUCUGAGAAUGUUCCUUCAAGAAUCAACAGAUGCUUGGAAGAAGGAGCGGAAGAGUUCUUCCUCAAACCAGUUCAAUUGUCCGAUGUCAGGAAACUGAGACCUCAUUUGAUUAAAGAAAAAUCCACAAGGAAUUGAUGAAGAAGAAGAAGAUGAACAACUCCUCAACUAAUUUUAAUUUUGAUUUUAGUGAUUCUGUAAAGAAUUAGAUCCCAAACUGACUACCAUUAGCAAAUCCUACACACAAAUUUUCUCGGGAAACUAACAGAAAAUCAAAGAAUGUAUAGAUCUGCUGCUCAUUUUUGUCUCUGAUGAUUUGAUUUAUGAAGUAAUUUUUUGUUUCC